UUCUCAUUACACAAAUUAAUCAAAAUCAUACACUAACCAUUUACUUAAACUAUUAAUUAUUACUUAUUAAACGCUGUCGUUGAAGCCAAUGGCCAAAUUAUGAUUCAUUGGAACACUAGUCUAUUUCAUCCUAUACAUAAUUUUGUCCAAUAUAUCAAUAUAUUCACACACACUAAUCAAAUAGUAUAUUAUUAAUCCUUCCAUCACUUCUUCAUCUAAUCAAACAUUUAUAAUUAAUUACGCUAGCUUAAUUGUGCUUGCAACAAGCAUAAGAAGAAGGAGCUAGCUAGCUAUGACAAUGAUGAUGAUGAAGAAGUGGUGGUUGGGUUCAAAGCAUAGCAACAAACAAGCACUGAAAUUCAAUCAAUUGAAGCUUGAAUUUGGUCUUUUUGGAGCUAACGUUGCCACUGCAAAAGACAAAUUAGCCAUUGAGAUAAUUGAGAUUAAGAAAUGUAAUGAAAAUGAAAAAAUUUCUUCUUCUUGUUCAAUGGUUCCUUUUCAUCGUACCAUAAAACAACCUUGUACUCACACCACUCCCUGCCGUAGAUUUGUCACCGCUGUUAAAGAUCCUUCUCUUGUUUGGGACAAUUGUGACCUUUGUGUCUUCGACCUCGUACUCAAAGAUUCCUGCCACGUGGCAUUUCAUGUUUUAUAUGGACAUGGUGAUGUGGAAGAAUCAAAAGCUAAAAUGAAGGUGGUCGGAAAAGUUUCUAUGAUCCUUGGGAUGGAAGAGAUGAAGGCUGAAUCCAAUAUUCAAAGGAAGCUUCCAAUACGCUUGAAGGUCAAUGGUCUAAUCAUCGAAGCUACUCUUUCGGUUUCUCUAAGGUUAAUGAAGCAUAGAAAUUCUGAUGAUGAUGAGCCAACAAUAACCUUUGAAAACACGGUGAAGUCAGAUAAGAAAGACGGGAUUAUAGGAAAAGCGAAGUAUUUGACAUGUUUAACGAAGAAAGACAAUGGAAAAUUUGAUGAAGGUGAUGAAAAUCCUUAUGAGUCAGAUGGAUCCCCUGUGUUUGAUUCCGAUGAUUCAUCGAACGAGUCCACAACAACAAGAAGCAAUGGCAGUUCAAGUAGCAAUAGCCCCACAGAGCCAAGAGUUACAUUUCUAAGCUCAGACAUAAAGACAAGUUUGGACACAUUACAUAGGAAUAGAAGUUUCAAGGGGUGGAACUUUAAGACAAGCACCACCAAACAACAACCUUUUACAACCUCUCAAACUCCUUUCACGAAAUCAGACGAACUUUCACCACGAUCAAACCUUCAAGGCAAUGCAAGCAAAUGGGAAACCAAAUAUAUUUUAAGCAGAGAUGGCAAAGCAAAGCUCAAAACCAAUGUGUUUUAUGCUUCCUUUGAUCAAAGAAGUGAAAAGGCAUCAGGUGAGAGUGCAUGCACAGUGUUAGUUGCAUUAAUAGCUCAUUGGCUCCAUUCAAAUCAAGGUAUACCAACAAGACCACAAUUUGACAAUCUCAUCACACAAGGUUCAUCUGAAUGGAGAAAGUUAUGCAAAAACGAUUACUACUCGAAACUCUUUCCGGAUAAACAUUUUGAUUUAGAGACAGUCAUAGAUGCUAGUUUGAGACCUCUAAUUGUUCUGCCUCAAAAAUCAUACACAGGUUUUUUCUCUCCUGAAAAGUUUCAUUGCUUAGAAGGAGUUAUGUCUUUUGAUGAGAUAUGGAAUGAGAUAAACAAUAACAAUGUGGAUGAUUUUGAGCCAAGAAUUUACAUAGUUAGUUGGAAUGAUCAUUUCUUUAUUUUGAAGGUAGAGAAUGAUGCUUACUAUAUUAUUGAUUCAUUGGGUGAGAGACUUUUUGAAGGGUGUCAAAGAGCAUUUGUGUUGAAAUUUGAUGAUUCAUGUGUGAUGUAUGGGAAAAAGGACCUAGUUGAAGAAGUUAAUUCAACUUUAAAGGAAAAUGGGGGUGUGAAGAGUAAUUUAAAAGGCGACGAAAGUUUUGAGAUAGUUUGUCGUGGAAAAGAGUGUUGUAAAGAGUUUAUCAAACGAUUUCUUGCUGCAAUAUCAGUUAGAGAACUUGAGAAAGAGGAGAAGAAUUGGUGUGUUUCAAAUCCUUAUCUUCAUCGGCAGUUACAGAUUGAUUUUCAUUUUAGCACUCCAUUGUCGUCUUCUACAUCUUCUAUGUUGUAUUUCUUGACAAAUGAACAUCUAAAAGCCUAACAAAUUAAAUGGACCUACUUGCGGUUAGGAAAAUUACGGUAAGAAAUUUAAGGAAUUUUGACCGUUGGAUGGAGAUUGAAUAAUUUGUAUUAUUGAGUUUGACUUUAUCAUAUCGAUCUCUUAACUACA